AUGGGGAAGAAGCCGUUCAUUGAUCGCAAAACAGCAAAACAUUAUCAUUUGGUUCACCGAUCACAGCGUGAUCCAUUAAUCAACGAUGCAGAGGCAUCUUCGCACGUACUUGUAGAGCACAUUCCCACCAACUUGAGGGGCAAAGUUCCACCCAUCCAAAAAGAUGCGGAAGUCGACGCAGAAAAUCGUAUAGGUCAAGCUGCGUUGUAUGGUGUAUAUUUUGAUGACACCGAAUACAAUUAUAUGCAACAUUUGAAGCCAAUUGGCGCUGAGGCAGGAGCUGUGUUCAUAGAAGCGCCCGCGCGUAAAGAGAAGACAAAGACUUCGCUAUUAGCCAGUAUAGAGGAGAAAGCGGCGGGAAUAGAUCUACCACCCGAGGUGCUUCCUUCGUCUUCAGAAAUCCCGCUUGACAUAAUCAAUCAACCUGCCAUUCCUGAUGAGUUGCAAGGCCUUCAACCGGAUAUGGAUCCCAGUCUCCGAGAAGUGCUAGAGGCACUUGAGGAUGAUGCUUACGUGGAUGAAAAUGCAGACGACGAUUUUUUCGCUCAGCUUCAGCAGGACAGUCAUGACCAGCAGACAAAUCAUUUUGUGGAAGAAGAGGUUGGCUCUGACGACGGUGAAAAUGAUGGACAAAGAGAUGCAUGGGAACGCGAAUUUAGAAAAUUUCAAAAACGCAAGGAACAAGUGAAAGAUAGAUCCGAUGAUAGGCAAUCCCGAAUGACAGGAUAUUCUAUGUCUAGUUCUGCCAUGUUUCGUAAUGAACAAUUAACACUGCUUGACAUGCAAUUCGAGAAGGAUCUCGACGAUAUAUUUGACGACUUUCUGGAAAAAUAUGAAAUUGUCGGUAAUAAGAUGGCUCCCAGACUCGCGGGUGCAUCGGCCAUAAGAGCUCUAGAUACGAUUCGACGGGAAUUGGGAGAGGUCGUUAUUGAGGAUGAAAUAGACGGAAGGCGGACCAAUAGGAAGAAGAAAGAAGAAUAUGUGGAGAUAGACCUGACAACUGAAGGAAAGAAUAAGCGGGAGGCUUGGGAUUGUCAGUCGAUUUUGUCAACGUAUUCUAAUCUUGAGAACCAUCCCACAUUAAUAAGAGAAGACCGCCACCAAAAAAUAAAAAUACAUCCGAGAACCGGAAUGCCGAUUAUAGAAAAAAUGGAAAAUGUAUCAAACAUUUCAAAAGAAGAAGCAAAAAAUGGUCACACAGAUUCUCUUUCUGAUAGCGAAGAUAGUGUUGAAAGUGCACAACCUCGAGUGAAUAUGGGAAUAGCACGAUCUCGUGAGGAAGCGAUAGAUGAAAAGAAAAAACGAAAAGAAUCUGUCAAGGCUGAACGGCGGGCUCGUAGGGCAGAAAAAAAGUCACACAAGCGAGCAUUUGCUCGAGAGCAUACGAAACAAACCAAAAUGGUUUUGCGUAGAGAGAAUAACCAUGAGGUCAUGUCGUUUGUGGUGCUUGAUCGAGAGAUCUGGAAAAACCAUGCACCAUUUAUAGACAAGCCCGUCGUUUUGGACGAUGAUAAUGCACGGUUAUCGUUGUAA